AUGGAAUGGGUCAUCUCCUACAUCGACUACAAUGCCACCAAGUACCAGGUGCAGAAGGCCCUCGAAACUGUCUUGCAUGGCCCCGACAUAUACGAUCCCGAUGAUCCGAAGCAUAAAGGUCGCAAACCGAACUUUCUCGUCGAGCUCGUCGAAUCCGAAAUUGGGCGCCUGCACAAAGGGACGGGCUUCCUCACCCUCCCUAACUUGAUCGGCAAACGUUUCGCGCAGUGGCUCCGCGAACCAGCGAACAAGAAAGCCGGGAUUCGCGUGCUGAACAAGAAAUUGCACUUCAAGCCAUCGCCGCGCAAGAUAUGGCAGCAGAAGAAGCAGAUACUGGAGAACGCGCUGUACAUCGGCCCCGAGCAGGAAGAGGAGCACGAGAAGAUCUUGGCCAAGACCGCGGUACAGCUCAGAGUGGCGAGAGUCCAGUUCGGAGUUUGGUACCGUCCACCGACGCCCAAAGGUGGCAGAAUCCCCGACCGGAUGUUCUCGGUGGAGUACGAGCGUGAUUACACGCAGAACAGCGCCGCGUAUAUCGAGGUCGACUACGACUCCAAGUGCAUCAGGGUUGAGCUCGGUGAGCGUCACGCCGACGAACUGUGCAAGUACGUCGUCAUCAAGUACACCAGCAUCAAGAAGAUGGGUAUAGGCUUUGACUUUGGUCACCCCUUCAUCGUCUUCGACAUGUACGUGCCACCCGUGUUCGAAGAGAAGAACUUCAGCGGCGCGCCUCGAGACGGCUACCAGAGGCGGAAGAAUAAGGACCGGGAUCGCGUAUCUGCUCUGGACGACCGACACGCCUUCGUUGCACCGUACUCUCCCCACCUCCGUGUCUUGCUAUUUCGCCGCGACGAUUUACUGUCGUUCGAACGCCUAUGCGAGUUCGCUCAGUGCGAGCCACGCCCGAUCCGUGUGCCUACUAUUGAGGCUUCUAAGCUCGAGUUCUUCACACGCAAGAACCUGAAUAGGUUGCACAUUUGGAUGACCGGGAUGGACUGGAAGAACGCCUUUCAAAUUGAGGCCCUCUUACGCAGCAACCUACUCACGAUGGAGGAGCUUCUGGGCGACAUGCGCCUCCCCAUCUCAGAUGUCAUGCAGCGUUAUGGCUCCUACUCCAGCGAGAUCCUGCGCUUAUACAACGUCGAGCUCCAGAUGCGCCAGCCUGGAGAGCCCGCGCUCGCCUGCCUCGACCGCGUAAUUGACAAGAACGCCUCGCCUUCGCCACUACGUAUGAACCCAGGCUGGUUCCUCUGUCACCACAUUACCUUCACUCCCACCCGCGUCCUACUUGAAGGGCCCUACGCGACAGCGUCCAACCGUAUCAUCCGGCGCUACCAGAAGGAAACGGCCCCGAACCAGCUUGACAACUUUGUGCGCGUCGAUUUCCGCGAUGAGGACCGACUGAGCUACCGCUGGGACCGGCAGGUUGAUGCGACGUACUUCCUGCAAAACCGCGUCGGCACGAUCCUGAAAGAGGGCUUCGAGCUCGGCGGCAAACGGUUCGAGUUCCUCGCGUACUCGAAUUCGGCGCUCAAGACACAUGCGGUAUGGUUCAUGUCACCAUUUACGGACCCGGACGAGGGAUAUGUCGACUCUGAGCGCAUUAGGAGGAAGAUUGGCGAUUUCGGCGAUCUGUGGACGCAACCGAGCAAACUGGCAGCGAGGAUCGCGCAGGCUUUCAGCGCUACGGAUCCGUCGGUUACGCUUGUCAAGGGUCAGUGGGAGGAGAUGGACGAUAUUGAAACGGCGUGGACGACGGCGCGUGGGGAGGAUGCUACGGCGACGCACACGGAUGGUGUAGGGACUAUCUCGCCCGAGUUGGGCGAUAUGAUCUGGAGCGCGCUGUGUGAGGCAUCUAGCGGGUGGCGCCAGAAUCGGGUCAAACCAUCUGUUUACCAGAUCCGCUUCCUGGGGUACAAGGGCGUGGUGGUGGUGGACGAGCGUCUAGAGGGCAUUCUCAUGCGUUUGCGCCCGUCUCAGCGCAAGUUCGAGUCGCAUAUGGUAGAGUCGGCGGGAAUCGAGAUCGCGAGGGCGUUCGACUAUCCGAAUAGAGUCCAUCUGAACAGGCCGGUGAUCAUGGUUCUUGAAGACCGUGGCGUUGACAAGGAACAGUUCAUCGAGCUCCAGGAAGACGCUAAGCGGGACGUACUCACCGCGGAAGACAGCAUCGGCAACUUUGCGAAGCAUCUCCGCGCCAACAACGCCGGCGGGAAGUUUCACUUGGCAUUCAUUCUGGAAUGCCUCGAGCUGUUUGGGCUGGACCUUACUGCGAGGGAGGGCAAGACGCCAGUCGGGAGCGAGCUCUUUGCGCGCCUUUUGCGGUACGCAGUCAACGACUCGUUGAGGACAAUGAAGCAUAAGGCGCGCAUACCGGUUCCUGGAAGCUAUCAGCUCGUCGGCGUUGCGGACGAGGGUCAAGCAUAUAUCAAGGAGGGCGAAGAUCCUAAUGAUGUCUUCACGCUUGAUAUGAACCAGAUCUAUGUCUGCAUACAGGAAGAUGCGGACUCAGAGCCAAUCUACCUAAAGGGGAAGUGUGUGGUCUCGCGCAGCCCAGUUGUUCAUCCAGGAGACGUCAUCAACGUCUUUGCUAUCGGAAAGCCGCCUGCGGGUAAGAAGUGCUUCUUCCGCAACUUGAAGAACGUCGUUGUUCUGCCUGUCGGAACUAAGCACGAUCACCGAUCCAUAGCGUCGUGUCUUGGCGGUGGAGACCUCGACGGAGAUGUCUAUGACAUAUACUACAAACACCAGGGACUGGCACCAACGACGGUUAUACCACCUGCGGAGUACCCUACCGUGAAAGCCUAUACACUCCCUGACGGUCGUACUGCCACCGUCGAGGACAUUUGCGACUUCAUUGUCGAAUACAUCAACUCUGAUGUCCUGGGUCUUUUGGCAAAGCGGCAUUUGACUAUUGCAGACCAAAGCAAAGAGGGCACAAGUGACCCGCGUUGCAUGAAGCUUGCCGAGCUCUGCAGCAGAGCCGUCGACUACCAGAAACACGGCAACGCGAUCGACCCCGAGGGCGACGGCGUGCCCUACAACCUCAUGCACUUCAAGCCAGACUGGCAUCAAGCCGAGAUCGCGGACCCGCGCGUGAACGACUAUUACAUCUCCAAUCGCGCGCUCGGGCAUCUCUACCGCGGUAUCACACUGUUACCACUCGAUCAACCUGUUGCGAUCCCUGUCACGAACGAUUGUCCUCCAAUGGGCGAUGCUAUUUCGCUGGCGCUGGCGCCGACUGUACAGCGCCUCUUGCUUGAAAGCGCGUCUGAUAACCCCGGGGCAGAGAACGAGCAAUGGUCCACAAACGACGUGGCGUCGCUCUUCGGGCGCUACUACCGCGAACUGCGCUACAUCCGCGCAACGCACACCCUCGCGGACAUGCCCGGCGUAUGCCUCGCCGAAGAAGAGGUUAUCCUCGGCGCGAUCCUCUCAGACUGCACGCAACCGCGCUGGCGCGCAGACCGCGUGUACCGUCUGCGGUUACACGCUGAAGCACUCGUUUCAGAUACGCGCCGAAGAUUGCUGUGCGAGGCGGACGCGCUAGCGCCGGAUGAUGCUGCGCUGCGUGCUGCAUUGGCGCGCUCGUGGGUUGCGUGGGAGUGGGCGCAGAGGAACGCGAAGAUGGAGGGCACGCAGAGUUUUGGGCUGUUGGUGUUGGGUGUGGUGUGUGAUUGUCUGAAGAGGCUGGACGCGUUGCCUGUGCGUGCAGAAACACCGGAGGACGAUAGUGAUGCGGAGGACGACUACUGGUAG